AUGAAGUACUCUCUUGUGUCCAUCGCCCUCGCUGCGGAGGUCAUUGUCCCUGCCACUGCCUUCCCCUUCGUCGUCAGUCAACCUGGUGUCGAUUCGAGCCUGCUCGCCCGCCAGCAACCCGAUGUUCUCCACGCCGGCGGUCUUCCCCCGUGUCCAUACACACCGUGGUCGGAUCACGUUCCCGCCGUAGGAAUCUCCGAAAGGUUUCCAUACAACGGUGCCAAGGAUGGAAAGCCAGGAAAGGGUGUCGGGGGCUACCAGGUCCCGGCCGACGGCGACACAGACCACGAGUUCCGAAAGCCAGGUCCGGGUGAUAUCCGAGGCCCAUGCCCAGGACUGAACGCUGCCGCCAACCACGGUUUCCUCGCCCGUGAUGGGGUCACCACCUUCAACGAGCUCGUCGACGCUCAGCAGAACAUGUACAACAUGGGCCACGACCUGGCUGUGCUCCUGGCCUCUCUCAGUCUGAUCACUCAGAGUGGUGAUCAGGUCACCGAGCGCGUCUCCAUCGGCUGCGAUGCGACGAACCGCACCUCCCGCGACCCAGCCGUCACCGGCCCUCAGCCCGGUCUCAGCGGCCACAACAGAAUCGAAGGCGACACGUCUCUCGCCCGCAACGACAACUACCUCGGCCACGGCGACAACGUCAGCUUUAACGGCACGCUCUUCAAGAUGAUGACCGACGUCACGGGCGGCGUCUACAACCGCGAAGGGAUGGCCAAGUACCGCUACCUGCGCUACCAAGAGUCGCUCCGCGACAACCCCACAUUCUACUUCGGCCCUCUUACCAUGCUACUCUACGGCGCCGCGUCCUUCCUGUACGAAGUCAUGCCCAGCGGCACAAACAACUACACCCCCGACAAGGCUACCAUCAUGACCUUUUUCGGCGUCACGCCCAGCGAGGACGGCAGUACCUACGUGUUCAACAACGACGAGAGGCUGCCCGCCAACUACACCAACCGCGUCGCGCCGUACGGCAUCAUAGACAUCAACCGCGAGAUCAUCGCGCAGUACACAAUGUUCCCGGUCCCGUUCCACGGAACGCCCGGGCCCGACGGCUUCGAUAUCACCAACCUCCGCAAGCCAAUCGAGAACGGGAAGACGGCUCACAGAUUAAGCCAAACCCAAAAAUCAAUCGCUGACAGCCUAUCCCAAGUUUCAGUCCCGUGCAUGCUGUAUGAGCUCAUGACCUUGAGCAUUCCGACUGCGCGGCCCGGUGGCUUCCUUACCCCGGCUUUUGACAAGCUCACGUCCGUGAUAACCUCGCUCACUUCGGAUAUGAAGAACUUUGGUUGUAAUACCGCGCCUACCCAGUAG